AGGCCGGUCAUGUUCGGAGUUCUGAACCGCUUCAUCGGCCAUCUGGACGGCGAACCAGUCCAGCAGGCUCGAGCCACCAACGAUAAUGCAUUUGGCUUCCAAGUACUCCGCAACAAGGACCCGGAACUGCCCCUGGAGCCGUGGUUUGACUUUAUUGUUGGCAUUAAUGGGCGUCUAAUUGACUAUCCAGACCCGAAUCUCUUCGCUACGGAAGUUCGUAACUGCGCUGGCUCCAGUGUGACAUUUGAAGUUUGGAGUGCAAAGGGUCAGAAGACACACACCGUCUCUAUUCCAAUUCCCCCAUCCAAUCCCACGCUGGGCCUCGCAUUGCAACUUGCGCCUCUUUCGUCGACACAACAUAUCUGGCAUGUCCUGAACAUCCCGUCACCGCUCAGUCCGGCAUACCGGGCAGGGUUACUUCCACACUCAGACUACAUUAUCGGAACGCCCAGUGGAACAUUACGGGGAGAAUCCGCACUGGGAGAAUUAGUGGAGGACCACCUGGACCGGACACUGGUGUUGUGGGUGUACAACAGCGAAUUCGACGUAGUACGCGAGGUCGAGUUGGUGCCCACCCGAGGCUGGGGUGGUGAGGGCGCAUUAGGGGCUGAACUAGGGUACGGCGCAUUGCACAGACUACCAGUUGGAUUGGGCGAGGAGGUAGAAGGCCCUGGCGAGGUAGUAUUUGAACGCGGUGUGGCACCUGGUGCAACCGCUGGCGGUCAUUUUCUGGUCCCGGCCAAUAUGACAGCGCCGCCUCCCUUGGCAUCGCAGGCGCCACGAAGCCUCUCUGGGUCACCAGCGCCUGGUCCGUCACCUGCUGCGCGCCGCGGCAAGACUCGUCAGUACGCCGUUUCGCCUAACCGGGCGUUCGAUGAGUAUUUUGCCGAGGGAGAACAGAAGAGUAAAGAGCAGGAUUAUGCUCCGUCACGGAAGGGAACGCCGCUGCCUCCUCCGCCGAAAGGAAUUCGGUCCCCGCCACCGUCAGGAAGUCCCGCACCAGCGGAAGAGUAG